GAUGAGAUUGACUUUUUAGCAAUAACCGAGGAUGAUUUCACUCUAUCACAGAUAUGUGAUGCCAUUGAAAAAGAAGAGGAACUCAUUGAUGGUAUGAAUCACUUUGACAUUAACCCGACAGGCGCGAAUGCACUGAACCUCGAUCUGUUUGGAGAUUUUAAUUUGGACGGCAUGGACGGAGGUGCCACCGAUAGUUUCAGUGAAACGAACAGCGAUGAGUCGACCAAGCGUUUCGGGGGAAUUUCUGAUUCCGAAAUUGAGAAGUUGAUUUCUAGUCAAGAAAAUCAAAAUACAAAGAGAAAUACUCGUUGGGCAUUUGGGGUUUUCGAAAAGUGGCGCCAAGAAAAAAACAAGAAUCUGCCUUUUGAACUUGCAGUACCGGAACUUCUACACAUGGAUGUUUCUACUAUGAGUUAUUCAUUGACACAUUUUGUAUGCGACGCACGGAAGAAGGACGGAAGUGAAUACCCACCUAAGUCGGUCUACUAUCUAGUUUGUGGAUUGUUAAGGUAUUUGCGAGACAACAAGAGACAUGACAUUAAUUUCUUUUCAGACUUGAAAUUUGCAGAGUUUAGAAAAACGCUGGAUGCUCAAAUGAAAUCCCUCUUGUCUAAAGGACUGGGAACUAAAGUCAAACAGGCAGAUCCAAUAACUCAAGAAGACGAAGAACUGCUUUGGGAAAGAGAAGUACUGGGAAACAAGUCCGCGGAAACGCUACAGUAUACAGUGUUUUUUUACAUGUGUAAAUUAUUCGGGUUGCGGGGAUUUGAUGAGCAUAGAGACUUGACAUGUGCAAACGUCACGAUUGGUGAGGAUGGGCGAGGUAAAUACAUCCACUUUUGCGGCGGUUCAAGCAAGACUUUUAAGGGAGGACUUGCCCACCUAUCUCUGCAAAGUAAAGACAUUCGGCACUAUUGUCAACCAGGUACGGUAUUUUUCCUUUAGAUUGAU